AUGGAUCAUUGGUCGAAUCAAGUAGCAUCUGACAUUGGCGGAUGCCAGCCAUUGAUUGAGCACAUUAUCCAGAAAGUGACCCUCUCACAGGCGUCGCAUAGCAAGGGAUCCAAGGGACUGAUCCUGUACGGAAAGCCAGGCACAGGCAAAACCAUCCUGGCAAAGGCCAUUGCUCAGCAUUCCAAUCUGCCAUACUACAUAUUGAAUGGCCCUGACAUCUUUCAAACAGAGGAGGGCGUAAGCGAGUCGACAUUGUUCAACUUUUUCAACCAAGCAAAGAACCACGCCAUGUCCAUAUUGAUUCUAGACGAGAUUGAUAUGAUUGCUGGUAAAUGGACGUCCAAGAAAAGUGAUCUUGACAUGCGUUUAUCAUCCAUGCUGAUGUCCUGCAUUGACGCUGUGGACAACGCCUAUGUUAUCGGCAUGACAAGUCGUUUGCAUGCCAUUGAACCUGCCUUCUUAAGAUCGGGUCGAUUGGAUGACUUGGAGGAAAUCACCAUCAACACACCUGAGCAAAGAUACGCUAUACUGAGCAUUGUGGCCAAGAAUCUUCCUUUUGCUUCAGACGCUGAAAAACAAGACAUACUACGCCAGGUAUCCCGACAGACACAUGGAUUUGUGCCGAGCGAUCUUCAAAGCCUGACCUCUCAAGCCAUCCUCUUAUUCAUGAAGCAACAAGAGCACACGCAUCACAUAUCAUUAGCGCAUUUCAAACAUGCACUCACCAUUGUCAAACCAUCCAAUCUUGGCGAAUUCUCAUCCAAAAUACCAGACAUUACAUUUAAGGAUCUGUAUGGCAUUGAUGACAUUAUACAAGAGAUCAAGACAUCCGUGAUACAGCCGUUUCAUCACCCAGAGAGGUACAUUGAAUUGGGCAUUUCACCACCAAAAGGUAUCUUACUACAUGGGCCGACCGGAGUAGGCAAGACAAUGCUAUGCUCUGCGCUUGCUUCUGAAGCAGGCGUUAACUUUAUGCUUGUGGAGAGCUCUCAAAUUCGGUCCAAAGUGGUGGGUGAGUCAGAAAAGGGCAUUGCAAAGCUGUUUUCUCAAGCCAGGGCCAAUUCACCUUGUAUACUGUUCAUUGAUCAGAUUGAUAUGCUACUCCCCAAGAGAGGCACUAGUCAUUCAUCAGAGAAUACAAGUGAUAGAAUUGUCACAGGGUUUCUGACAGAGAUGGAUGGUCUACUAACCAAGAAUAGGAGCAAAGGGGCUCAUAUUGAUUUGCUGGUGGUGGCAGCUACAAAUCGAAUUGAUGCCAUUGAUCCUGCUGUACUCAGACCUGGUCGUUUUGAUGAGCAUAUCUAUAUACCAUUACCGGACGACAAGCAACGAUUACAAAUUAUCCAAGGUAUCAGUUCCAGAAUGCCAAUUGAUUUGAGCAAUCAGGAAUUGGAUGAGCUGGUAAAGAGGACAUUGAAUUGGUCAGGUGCCCAAUUAGAUAAUUUGUUCCGAGAAGCAGCCAUGGCUAGUUUAAGAGAAAGUGUCCAGAAUACAAAGAUUGAAUUUUCUCAUGUGUUGGCGUCAAUGUAA